AUGGCAGCUCGUUAUCAGCAGAUGGAAGAUAUAUCAAAGGUGUUGGCACUCGCAGGCAACGGUGAACGUUACACACUCUUACAGUAUAUACAUAGCAAGGAGAAGCCGUUCAAGUGUGGAGAAUGCGGGAAGGGCUUCUGCCAGUCGAGGACUUUAGCAGUCCACAAAAUUUUGCACAUGGAAGAGUCGCCGCAUAAGUGUCCAGUUUGUAGCCGCUCGUUUAAUCAACGUUCCAAUCUCAAAACGCAUCUCUUAACGCAUACGGAUCAUAAACCCUACGAGUGCAAUUCCUGCGGAAAGGUGUUUAGGCGCAACUGUGAUCUGCGACGACACGCUUUGACCCACGCGGUAGGGGACGUACCCGCUGACGACUUAGGAGACGGUUUCGCAGCUUCAAACGACUUGGAGCCCUUAUCGCCACGUCCACGCAGUCCCUCGCACGACGGUAGAGAGGAGUCGAUACGAACCUGCUCUCCAACGCCCGAAAGAACGCAGUGUCACGAACCCUGUUCAUCAUCAAGCCCGUACACCAUGCGACCGCACCCCGACAGUCUGGACAAACGCACCGAACACGACAUAGACGACCCAGAAUUGGACGACGAGCCCGAAAUAGAUCCCGGACAAGAAGAAAAUCCAGAACCAGAACCUCCACACCCUCAACUGCAAAUCAGGCGAGACCUGCACCACCCCACGCUGAAAUCAUCAACGAUCACCAGUGCAAGCAUGGAAAUGGGAUUCCUAAGUCCAUUCCGAAAACGAGUCCUGGACGCCGAUAGACCGUCGACGAUUACGAACAGCGGCCGGCAGACGCCUCCCAUGGCGCUACGCAUAGCUCCCAUGCACCUCCCACCGCCUCCUCCUCAUCUAAUCUCCCAAAGCGUACCCAUACCACCCACACCGCCAGUAUUAAAACCACCCGACCACCCUCCUCCGCCAAUACACGUCCUCUCGCUACCACCAACAUCGGCCCACAUGUCGUCGAACAUCAUCCGCAACAUCCCCCACAAAUACAACUGCGAACCAUGCCCGAGCACCAGCGGCGCCACCGGCAACAACUUCGCCAGCGACCUCUCGAUGAAAAAGGAACUACCGCCGCCCCCUCGACCGCCUCAUAAUCCACCGCCGCCGCCGCGCAAGACCGGCUUUACAAUAGAAGACAUAAUGAGAAGGUAGUAGACAAAGUGGAGUAGGUAACUUUCCAUUUCGCAUGUUCCUCAAUAAUUUUGUAGAUAUGUAAAUAAAGGAUGGGACUCAAAAUGCUCGCAAUAAGGUCGAUACACAAUUAAAUUACGGGUAGGACUUUUCUUUAAUUUUGUAUCGAUAUUUACGUGAACCGAAAUGAUGCCGAUCAUUUUAGGGCACGCCUAGGAUUAAGUGAGGUAUUCUAUGUACAAGUAUUAUUUAAGUACGAUCUCGGUAUUUAUGUAUAAAACAAAUUAGUGAUAAAUGCAAAAAAAAUGUGUUGUACAAAGUUUUGAUAAUAAACAAAAAGAAAAUUUUACUCGA